AUGGCCGACGCGAGCAGGAAGAAACCACGGCUACAGGGCAAGCUGGUGAAGCAUGCUGCGCCUAGCCAGUUCAAAUAUUCCAAUCUUCAGACGACGGUAAGGAUCCAGCACAAGACUCCGUACAUAAGUGCUAUCAAACGGGUAGACACAAUGAUGAAGGCGUUGAAAGGCCGGCAGCCAAAGAAGUCCUAUAUCACUGUGCUUGGGAUGGGGGCCACGAUCGAGAAGACCAUGAAUAUAGGAGUUCAUUUCCAAGCCCAAGGUUGCAGAGUUGAAGUUUUCACCAAGAGUGUUGAGGUUUUAGACGAGUUUCUAGAUCAGGACGAUAGCGAUGAUGAGAGCGUUCUCAGGAAGAGAAGCGUGAGUUGUGUCGAGCUCAGGGUGUAUAAGCCAUUUGACCUACAGUGA